UAUUGCAAAAACAGUUAAUUUGAUCAACAAUUUACAAAUUACAAAAGUAGCCUAUUACCGAUAGUUUUUGCCGUAAGACUAGUGUGUAACAGACUUUGCCGUCAAAUCGUAACGUAACAAAAAUUCCCCCAAGACCUAUUUUCGUUAUACAGCACUGGAAGCCUUUCAUUUAAGGAAAACAACCGCAAUUUAGGUGAACACAAUUGUUGCGCGCCUGCAUUUGAAUUAAGCUAUGCUGCAAUUCUUAAUUUGCCAACAACAUUGUAAAGCAGCAAUAAACAUAGUAAAGGAAAAGCAAAAGCAUUUGACGUCCUAAGCAACGGUAAAGGCAAAACGAUGCGUCCAUGGCUAAAUCGUCGUUUACUGUUGCUGCUCUUUUCACUUAUCUGGCUGUGCGGUGUUUUCGUAUUAUAUUGGUAUGUGACGCACAGUGAGACGGAUAGCAUCCGAAAUUAUACGCCGGAAUUGCUCUGGUGGACCAAAGACAUGAGCUGGAAUUACGAUGAGACGAGGCAAUGCGGCUUCAGCACUUGUCGCGUCACCAACAAUCGCCAGCGUUUGAAAGAGUCUCUUGUUGUGUUGUUCUAUGGAUCGAAUAUGAAGCCAUAUGACUUUCCAAUGCCCCGCAGCAACAGACAUCGUUGGGCAUUGCUGCAUGAGGAAUCGCCACGCAAUGUGCCCUAUGUGCCUUAUGACGAGUUCCUGCAACACUUCAAUUUCACAUCCACAUUUAGCAGAUACAGUAACAUGCCACUUACAACACAGUAUCUGCCACAAGCUAGCGAUCUCACACAGCUGGACUAUUAUACGAGCCCCCAGAACAAGCAGACAUUUGAGUUCAACAAAGACUUGGCAUCGGUCGUCUUUUUACAAUCGGAUUGCAACACAAUGUCGGGUCGGGAGGAUUAUGUGCGAGAGCUGAUGAAGCACAUGAAGGUGGACUCAUAUGGUAGCUGUUUGCACAAUCGUGAUUUGCCUGAGAGCCUGCAAAAAGACUAUUUGAACAAUCUGUACUCACCGGAGUUGCUGCGCUUUCUCGCACACUAUAAGUUUAUGAUUGCCAUCGAGAAUGGCGUUUGCGAGGAUUACAUCACUGAAAAGUUCUGGCGUCCACUCAUCGUAGGUGUUAUACCAAUCUACUUUGGAUCCCCAAGCAUUCGCGAUUGGCAGCCUAAAAAUAAAUCCGCAAUUUAUGUGGACGACUUUCCCAAUGCUCGUGCGCUGGCCGCUUUCCUAGAGCAGUUGGGAGACAAUUCUACUGAAUAUUUUUCCUACCUGGGACACAAGGUUCUGAGACGUCACACGAUUGACAAUCAGUUACUUUUAACUCAGCUAAUCACGCGUAGCUUUAGCAUGAAAAGUGAUCAGCAGAGUCAGGAUAAUUCGCUUUUCCAACGCUUCGAGUGCUUCGUCUGUCGACAACUUCACUUACCUCACAAGCAUCGCCAAGCUGACAAGCGACACUACAACUGUCCGCUGCCUCCGGUGCAUGCCCCAUUGGAGUACACUUCGGAGCCACAAUAUGGAGCAGACUGGCGCUCCAUGAUGUCUGUGGGUCGCUGUCAAGCACAGCUCCUGAACGAGUUCUGGAAAACGAAUUUGACAUAUACUGAGAAGGAAUUCGAGACGCGUCUUUCCGAAAUGGUGGCGAAUGGCAAAUGUGAUUAACUAGAAAUUAUAGAUAUUAGGGUUAUAUAUCUCUAAGAUACUUUUAUGGAAAUGAACCAAAGUACUGAGUAUAAUGACGAAGAUAUGUUAUAAUUGAAUGAAAUAUAAAAUCAUUCAAGUAUAAUCGAAUAAAUAAUUAGUAUUAAAUUAAAGUACAACACUCUUAACAUAUGACAAA